AGUUUGGCUUUUUAGGAACAAAGUUGGUGCCAAAAUUGUGCGCGCAUGAGGAAGGUACAUAAAUCCAAUCUGACCUGAUUUAUUUGUUUAUUUAUUUUUUUUGUAGUCUAUAACACUUCUUUUUCUUUCUUUUUUGUUGGGGAAAAAUCUGGGGGCAGAACCAGCAGCCUGGGGAUCGAGUUACACUCUCGGAGGCCAGUUCUUUUCCUUUUUUUUCCCUCCUCCAUCUGAAAAGUGGGGGAUGGUGAUGAAGCCAUUCUGUACUUUCUUUCCUUUCUUUUUUUUAAUCGUCUUCAGGACUUUUUUUUAGUAAAAGAAAAUCCUACAAUUCCGACUUUUUUGCUUUCUUUUUGGUUUUUACGCACCCGAUUUUACGCACCGAGAUGAAGACCACACGUUACUUCAUGCGUCCGAGUCGAAAGUUUUGAUUUGAGGAAUGUAAUAAAGAAGAAGAAAACAGACGGAACUCCUGGAAGGAAAAAAAAAGAAUAAUAAUACAAAUUCGCUACUAUGUGACAAAUCUUCGAAUCAUGGUUUCGGAUUUGAUGUCGGAAACACUUUUGGUUGCAGGCCGCUUUUAUUGGCACGAAGAAAAAUAAUAAUAAAAAAAGGAGAUAAAGAAUUGGAAAGGAUUUUAUUGGGGAAAUUUGUUGUCGGUGUCCAAAAUGUCCUCCAGCUCCAUUGUUUUUGGAUUUGGGAUGCUCUGGGUUUGGGUUGGUACUGUGAUGGUGAGUCAGGACGUGAUGUUAUACAAAAAUGAAACCAUGUUGAACAAUUUUUGCAAGAAAACGACAACUUGUGAAGUGUUGAAGUACAAUACGUGUCUCGGGUCUCCUUUGCCCUACACGCACACGUCUCUGGUGCUGGCUGAAGACUCCGAGACGCAAGAAGAAGCGUUUGAGAAGUUGGCCAUGUGGUCGGGUUUGAGAAAUGCACCUCGGUGCUGGGCCGUCAUCCAGCCUUUACUGUGUGCUGUUUACAUGCCCAAGUGUGAGAACGGCAAGGUGGAGCUCCCCAGCCAGACCCUGUGCCAGGCAACCCGUCGACCCUGCAGCAUAGUGGAACAGGAGCGAGGGUGGCCCAACUUCCUGAAAUGUGAGAACACGGACAAGUUUCCCCUUGGUUGCCAGAAUGAGGUGCAAAAACUCAAAUUCAAUACAUCAGGAAAAUGCGAAGCUCCUCUGGUCAAAACUGACAUCCAGGCCAGCUGGUACAAGGACGUAGAGGGUUGUGGCAUUCAGUGUGACAAUCCACUCUUCACGGAGGAGGAGCACAAUGACAUGCAUGGCUACAUCGCUAUUUUCGGAUCGAUCACCCUGCUUUGCACUUUCUUUACGUUGGCAACGUUUCUCGCCGACUGGAAAAACUCCAACCGCUACCCGGCGGUAAUCCUCUUCUACGUCAAUGCCUGCUUCUUCGUGGGCAGCAUCGGGUGGCUCGCUCAGUUCAUGGAUGGCGCUCGUAAAGAGAUCGUGUGCAAAAGUGACAACACCAUGCGGCUCGGAGAGCCUUCAUCGACAGAGACGCUUUCAUGUGUUAUCAUCUUUAUCAUCGUGUACUACUCCUUGAUGUCAGGGGUCAUCUGGUUUGUUAUGCUCACCUACGCAUGGCACACAUCUUUCAAAGCCUUGGGCACAACGCAGCAACCUCUUUCUGGAAAGACAUCCUACUUCCACCUGGUCACAUGGUCCAUCCCGUUUAUCCUUACAGUGGCAAUACUGGCCAUUGCACAGGUCGACGGAGACUCUGUUAGUGGAAUCUGCUUUGUUGGCUACAAAAACUACAGAUACCGUGCUGGGUUUGUUCUGGCGCCGAUCGGAGUGGUGCUCACCAUUGGUGGCAAUUUCCUUGUCAGAGGUGUCAUGACAUUAUUUUCCAUCAAAAGUAACCAUCCAGGACUGCUGAGUGAAAAAGCUGCGAGCAAAAUCAACGAGACCAUGCUGAGACUUGGCAUAUUUGGUUUUCUAGCAUUCGGUUUUGUCCUUAUCACUUUCGGAUGUCAUUUCUAUGACUUCUUCAACCAGGCGGAGUGGGAAAGGAGCUUUAGGGAAUUUGUACUGUGUGAAGCUAAUGUCACUAUAGCUCACCAGACCAAGAAACCGAUCCCGGAGUGCACCAUUAAAAACCGUCCCAGUCUUUUGGUGGAGAAGAUCAAUCUGUUUUCUAUGUUCGGUACCGGCAUCGCCAUGAGCACAUGGGUGUGGACCAAAGCCACUAUUCUCAUUUGGAAGCGUACGUGGUGUAGGAUAAUUGGACGCAGUGACGACGAGCCGAAGCGCAUCAAGAAGAGCAAGAUGAUAGCCAAAGCAUUCUCCAAGAGGAAGGAACUCCAAAUGGACCCUGAGAAAGAACUGUCUUUUAGCAUGCACACGGUCUCCCAUGAGGGACCUGUGGCGGGUAUUAACUUCGAACUAAACGAGCCGUCCAUGGAAAUGUCCUCUGCCUGGGCACAGCAUGUGACAAAGAUGGUGGCAAGACGAGGUGCCAUUUUACCUCAGGACAUCUCAGUUACGCCUACUGGGACACCUGUGCCUCCUCCAGAAGCUCGGAACAAGCUGUGGAUGGUCGAAGCCGACAUCUCCCCCGAGAUGCUGAAACGUAAAAAGAAAAAGAAGAAGAGGAAGAAGGAGGUGCGCACGGUAGCACCAACCGGAGCGGACUCGAACCCUCGUCACAGAGAGUUCGGUUCCAGCGCUGUUCCCCGCCUCCCCAAGCUCCCGGCGCAUCGGAGCCUCGUGGCUAAUCUGUGGGAGCGACAACGUCCGCAAGAGGAGAACGUCCUUCCAGGCUCCUUCCCGGAAUUCCGCCCUUCUUGCCCCAUUCCCUACCAGGAGAGAUAUGGAGGGCUUGGUUAUGUUUCGUCUGGUCAGCAGAGCAGGGAGACUGGCUUUAACCUCGUCAACUCACUGACGUCGAACCACUACGAGAGACGAGGUCAGUUCAAACAACCGGCCUGGCAGUCUAACGGCGGGUUCCGCUAUUCAGAGCAGGAGAUGCCUUCGCCAGUGGGUGGUGGCAGGACAGACUUUACAACACCUCGAUCAGAGGGCAGGAAACCAGUGGCUGUGCCGAUACACUCUCAAACCAACCUAAUGGAUGCAGAACUGAUGGAUGCUGACUCUGAUUUUUGAAUCUGUCCUGUAUUACGUUGCUCUGCAGAGUUUGGUUCUAAAGUGCUGGAUACUUUGCACCACAAAUUAAGAGAAAAACAUGUAAGACAUACUCGCGGUCACUGUGCCUGUAUCAGGACGUGGGGGCAGGUUUGUAUGGUAGUUAUGAGCUCCAUAAAUAGUGGGCGAUUUCUUUGUGUUUCUCAAACGAUUAAAAAGGCACAGUUGGGUUUUGACUGACUGCCUCUCUAUCUAAAAAAAAAUUGCUGCCAGUUUUGCUAUCAGUCAUGCUAAGCUAUUAAAUCUCUGAUGCACCUCAAUCUUUAAAUCCAGGCUGUGUGUUUUGAGACGAUAAAGUUGACUCAAUUGAAUAAGGUACAAGAAAAUCAGAACUUCAGCCUCAGAAUGUUACUAUACACUUUUGAGUUUGCUUCAAGUAUUGCUAAUUUUAAAUAUUAUUAGGAAUGGAGGUUUGUGUGAAUUAAAUGGCAGCUUUGCAAAUGGGUAUAAAACACAUGAUUGUUGUAGGGUUGUGUUCAGGCCACCUCGAGCAAGUCGUCUUCUGCAACUCAUUUACAUUUGCUCAUUUGGCUGAUGCUUUUCUUAAAAGUGACAUCAUAUCAUGUGAAUUUGAUAUUUGUUGAUCUCAAUGGCUGAAUGGCACCUUUGCAAAAAAAUGUGCAUUGGCCUGGAUUAUCUAUAUACACUAUACUGUAUACACUCAGACAAACGUUUGUGGACACCUGAGCAUAAGAUCUCCACUCUUCUGGGAAGAUUUUCCACUAUAUU